CGUCACCAUAAAAGACCCUGGAUUGACCUCAAAAGAACUUCACUCCUGUAAUCACUUUGAAAACGAGUUAUUUUUGAUAUCCCUGGUAUCCCUAGUAUUCCAGUCUAGCCUCCCUUCCGAGUGAGAACGUUCCGAGACCACUUCGUGUCCACUAAAACCUUUCGGGUCAAGUCGGACAUACUAGGAAUUUGCUACCCACGGCACUUCAUCCAUCACCAACCGCGUGGACGCUUCAGCUCGGCCCUUCAGCCCCGACAUCACCCGUGGAACUGUGGAGAAACAUUACCCUUGAUACUCAUGAUGCCUGCCGGAAAGAACUAUAUUAGUCCCAAUCGCCCCGAGUCUCCUGGACCUCUGGCUUCUGAUUUCUCUCAACAACAAGUCGCGAAACAACGCAACAGUAACUAUCACUCUACUUCACUCAGAAACAUGGUUGCUACAUCUGUGAAUCGCACUGCGCUGCACCCUGGUGGUGUCCAGCCUGGCAAGGGACACACCGAGCUCGAGGAGGAACUCCAUGAGACUGCCCACAUUGACUAUGACCGUGUCGCCAUUAUUGCCAACCCCUCCGUUCCUGCUCUCUACGAAGAUGCUCUCGUCUACGAGACUGGUACCGCCGUCACCUCCAGCGGUGCUCUAAGUGCCUACUCCGGUGCUAAGACUGGUCGUUCCCCCUCCGACAAGCGUAUUGUCCAGGAGGCUUCAUCAGAGAACGACAUCUGGUGGGGACCCGUCAACAAGCCCAUGACUCUUGAUGUCUGGCGUAUCAACCGUGAGCGUGCUGUCGACUACCUGAACACUCGUAACCGCAUCUAUGUUAUCGACGGUUACGCCGGCUGGGAUGAGCGCUACCGCAUCAGCGUUCGCGUUGUCUGCGCUCGCGCCUACCACGCUCUCUUCAUGCGCAACAUGCUGAUCCGCCCCAGCCGUGAAGAGCUCGACCACUUCCACCCCGACUAUGUCAUCUACAACGCUGGUUCUUUCCCUGCCAAUCGCUUCACUGAGGGUAUGACUUCUGCCACCUCCGUUGCCAUCAACUUCGCCGAUAAGGAGAUGGUUAUCCUCGGUACCGAGUACGCUGGUGAGAUGAAGAAGGGUGUCUUCACUGUCCUCUUCUACGAAAUGCCCGUCAAGCACAACGUCCUGACCCUCCAUUCCUCUGCCAACGAGGGUGAGAACGGCGAUGUCACUGUUUUCUUCGGUCUGUCCGGUACCGGUAAGACCACCCUGUCUGCCGACCCCAAGCGUAAGCUCAUCGGUGACGACGAGCACUGCUGGACCGACACUGGUGUCUUCAACAUUGAGGGUGGCUGCUACGCCAAGUGCAUUGGUCUCUCUGCCGAGAAGGAGCCCGAUAUUUUCAACGCCAUCCGCUUCGGAUCCGUCCUCGAGAACACCGUCUUCGACCCCAUCUCCCGUGUCGUCAACUACGACGAUGUCACCCUCACUGAGAACACCCGCUGCGCCUACCCUAUUGAAUACAUCGAGAACGCCAAGAUCCCCUGCAAGAGCGACAACCACCCCUCCAACAUCAUCCUGCUCACCUGUGAUGCCCGUGGUGUCUUGCCCCCUAUCUCCAAGCUCACUCCCGAGCAGACCAUGUUCCACUUCAUCUCCGGUUACACCUCCAAGAUGGCCGGUACCGAGGAUGGCGUCACCGAGCCCCAGGCUACCUUCUCUUCUUGCUUCGCUCAGCCUUUCCUGGCUCUCCACCCCAUGCGCUACGCCAGCAUGCUCGCUGAGAAGAUCAAGGAACACAAGGUCAACGCCUGGCUCCUGAACACCGGCUGGGUUGGCGCUGGCGCUACCACCGGCGGCAAGCGUUGCCCUCUCAAGUACACCCGCGCCAUCCUAGACGCCAUCCAUAACGGCGAGCUUGCCAAGGCCGAGUACGAGACCUACGCCACCUUCAACCUGCCCGUCCCCACCUCCUGCCCUGGUGUCCCCAGCGAGCUCCUCAACCCCGAGAAGAGCUGGACCGCUACCACCUCCUUCAAGGAUGAGGUCACCAAGCUUGCCGGUCUCUUCAACGAGAACUUCAAGAAGUACUCCGACCAGGCUACUCCCGACGUCCUCGCUGCCGCUCCCCAGGUUUAAAGGAUCUGAGCGGUUUCAAAAUUUCUUUUUCUCCUUUGGUCCUUGUUCCUCCGAUAGGAUGAAUAAGUCAUUUGCAUGGCGUGCUACUUUUUCUUGGUGAUCACCUUUUUGGAUCACCUUGCUGACGUCUGCCGCUUGUAUCGGGACGAGCGUUGGAUAAGUUUGAUUUCCCCCCGAACUGGGCUUUGCUUUUUAUAUCUAGGCCAUCGAUACCGCCUGGCUAGAUGGAGUUUGUGAUGUUUACGAUGAAAUUUCCUACGUGAUAGUCAAUGAUAUCAUCCAUUUUAAGAAAUA